AUGGCUCGAUUCGUAUCCUACCUGCCUCCGGAAAAGCUGAAGGAGUUGAGAGAAAACGCCAAUGCUAUUGUUGCUCCAGGCAAGGGCAUUCUAGCAGCUGAUGAGAGCACAGCUACUAUUGGCAAGCGCUUUGCCGCUAUUAAUCUAGAAAAUACUGAGGAAAACCGUCGAGCUUAUCGCGAGUUACUCUUUACCACUGAUCCUGAGUUUGCCAAACACAUCUCUGGUGUUAUUCUAUUCCACGAGACUGUCUAUCAGAAGACCAAGGACGGUAAGCCGUUCGUGGAGCUUCUGCGUGAACGUGGUGUCCUACCUGGCAUCAAGGUUGAUCUUGGUGUUGUUCCUCUUGGCGGUACCGCCGAUGAGUGCACUACCCAAGGUUUAGACAAUCUAGCUCAG